CUUUCACUUUCCUUUUGCCAGAAGCCUGGGUCCUGCUGCACAGAGGAGCCUGUCUCCAGCAGAGGUCAGCUCUGUCCAGAGGGAGGGCCCCAGAGGAGGAGGGAAGGUGGGUCUGAGGCUGAGGAAGAUCACACCCCAGGGCCCGCCCACCCCUGCAGCCAAAGCAGGAAGGAAGUGGGGCCUCAGCUGAGAAGGCAGGAAGGUUCUCCAUCCAGGGACUUUCCUAAAACCUUGGCCUGUGAGCAGAAGUGCAGCACCAGCUCCGGGGACCAAAGGCAAUGCAGCAGCAACAAGGGAACCAAGACUUCACUCCGGUGCCCUGGCCCAGAAUGUAUCCCAAGACCUUCAACUUCAACUUCCAAAACCUAAAUAGCUAUGGGCGGAAGUCUACCUUCCUCUGCUUUGAAGUGGAAACAUGGGAGGAUGGCUCAGUUCUUGACUAUCAAAAUGGUGUCUUUCAAAACCAGUUGGAUCCUGGCCACGCAGAACUCUGCUUCAUAGAAUGGUUCCAUGAGAAGGUUCUGUUUCCUGAUGAGGUUCGGUGUCCUGAUGCGCAAUACCAUGUCACCUGGUACAUAUCCUGGAGCCCCUGCUUCGAGUGUGCAGAGCAGGUGGCUGGCUUCCUGAAUGAGCACGAGAACGUGGACCUGAGCAUCUCCGCCGCCCGCCUCUACUUGUGUGAGGAUGAAGAUGAGCAGGGGCUUCAAGAUCUGGUUGCUGCAGGGGCCAAGGUGGCCAUGAUGGCUCCAGAGGACUUUGAAUACUGUUGGGAUAACUUUGUGUACAACCGGGGAUGGCCCUUCACGUAUUGGAAGCAUGUGCGAAGAAAUUAUGGUCGUCUGCAGGAGAAGCUGGAUGAAAUCCUCUGGGACUGAGGAGGAUCCAUGACUUUAUUUUUGGUACGGAACGAUGUCUCCCAGCGGCUGGCUCCCGGGGCUGAAUGGAAGAGCCCUCGCUAAAACUGAAGCAGCACAGCUUUCUCUCCCGCUCCCUGAAGCUCCCCUCCCCAAGCCCCUAUGCAAUAAAAGGCUAAUAUGCAAAUUGUC